AUGUACGGCUAUGGUGAUAAACAAAUUCCCGGUCAUAUGUGGUUGAUUACAGAAGAGAAUUUUUAUACAUACAUGGCAGUUAGUGGUGAUGGAAAUUGUAUACCGCUAACACAAACAUUAUAUCUACGUUCACCAAUACCAGUAAUUAUUUCAAUGACAAUAACUGAUUUUACACCAGGUAUUAAAGAUCGAAGUGUGUUUGUCAUUCCUGAUAUAUGCAAUAAGACGUAA